UGUGUGUGUGUGUGUGAGAGAGAGAGAUAGAGAGAGAGAGAGAGAGAGAGAGAGAGAGAGAGAGAGAGAGAGAGAGAGAGAGAGAGAGAAAGAGAGAGAAAGAGAGAGAAAGAGAGAGAAAGAGAGAGAGAGAGAGAAAGAGAGGGAGUGUAUGUGUAAGAGAGAGAGAGAAAGAGAGGGGGUGAGAGAACGCGGAGUUUUGUUCACUUUCAUCCCCCGGUUGGCAGCAGGACCGUGCGCCUCUCUCUCUCUGUCUCCCCGCUCUCUGUGAGUCUUUCGCCGCAUGGAUUUUUGAUUUCGCCCGCUGCUCUCCUGGAGGGUCUCUCUCCGGCUCGGUUCACAUGGGACUUGUUGUUCCUGUUUUUUUCUGGAACAGAAAAAUGUUCGGCUCCAGGGCUCCGUAGCUGAGGGCUCUUCGCCAUGGCCGAGCCGGGAGCAGUUUCCGACGCUUUGGCGGCUCCGCUGCUCGAGUUUAGCGCCGAGGCUGCGUCUCCCGGCCGGGAUGCGGCUCGGCGGGGCUUCCCGGGCCACGGCGCCGAGGGGCUCUUCUCCAACGGCGGCUGCAGGGAGCUCAGCAGCCCUGCGGUGGGCAGCCGGGGUCGAGACGCGUCCGCCGAAAGGAACCAGCCUAGCGGGAACCCACCCUGCGGGAUUAUGAAGAACAGUUCCAAGCAGCGGCAGGUGAGGAAGAAGACGGUCUCGUUCAGCUCCAUGCCGAGUGACCGCAAGAUGAACAGCACCGCCGCCUGCAUGGCCUUCAUGUUGGAGGGAUGUGAGAUGAAGAAGGUUCGCUCCAACUCGCGCAUGUACAACCGAUACUUCCUGCUGGAUCCAGACUUGCGCUGGCUCCGCUGGGAGCCCUCCAAAAAGGACUCUGAGAAGGCGAAGCUGGAGAUCAAGAGCAUCAAAGAGGUGCGGUUAGGGAAGAAGACUCCUGUCCUACGCAGCAACGGCCUGUCGGAUCAAUUUCCAGAAGAGUGCGCAUUCUCAAUCAUUUACGGAGACAAUUACGAGUCCCUGGACUUGGUGGCAAGCACGGCAGAUGUGGUCAGCACCUGGGUAAUGGGACUGCGCUAUUUGGUCUCGUACGGACGACACAUGGUCGGUGUGGUCGAAGCCAGUCAGCCGAGUGUAAGAACGUCCUGGAUCGGGUCGGUGUUUGAGCUGGCUGAUAUCGAGAGGCAGGGACAGAUAGACUUGUUCCGUGCCACGCAGAUUAUCAAGGGACUAAAUCCAGGGAUGAGGGAGUCCCGCAUUGAGCUGAAGUUCAAGGAACUUCAAAAGGCCAGAGAUUGCUAUGGUGAGGGCAUUGACUUGGACACAUUCGUAGAGGUGUACUGUGAACUGUGCACAAGGUCCGAAAUCUUUUUCCUUCUGGUGCAAUUUUCUAGCAACAAAGAGUACCUGGAUUCUAAAGACUUGAUGCUCUUUGUGGAAGUCGAGCAAGGUGUGGAGGGCGUGACUGAGGAGCUGUGUCGUGACAUCGUGCGCAAGUAUGAACCGUCAGUGGAAGGCCGAGAACGCGGCUACUUGUCCAUUGAUGGUUUCACACACUACCUCCUGUCAUCCGAGUGCCACAUUUUUGAUCCACAGCACAAGCGAGUUUGUCAGGAUAUGACACAGCCCCUGUCUCACUACUACAUCAACUCCUCGCACAAUGCCUCCCUACUGGAGGACCACUAUUGGGGUUCCUCAGACAUCAGCAGCUACGUCCGUGCCUUGCGCAUGGGCUGUCGUAGCCUGGAGGUAGUGGUGUGGGAUGGUCCUGACUGUGAGCCAGUGGUUUACGUAGGCAGCUCAGUGGCAUCCCAGCUGGCCUUUUCCAAAGUCCUCGAUGUUAUUAACCAGUAUGCCUUUGAGAGCUCUGAGUUUCCUGUGAUCCUGUGCCUGGUGACACACUGCAGUGUCCCUCAACAGAGGGUCAUGGCCCAGCACAUGAAAAAAAUCCUGGGGGACAAACUCCACUUAGAACCUCCCAGUCCUGACGAACUCUAUCUGCCCUCGCCUGAGAAGCUGAAAGGCAAGAUCCUUUUGAAAGGAAAGAGGCUCCCACCAGAGACCCAAGAUUCUGAGGGGGAGGUUACUGAUGAAGAGGAGGGUCUUGAGAUGUCGAGGCGCAUGGUUGGUGCAGACGACAAGGACCAGCUCAACGGCAUCAGCUGCAAGAGGCUGCGACUUUGCAAGGAAUUGUCUGACCUUGUGUCUCUUUGCAAAUCUGUCCAGUUCCGAGACUUCGAGUUGUCCAAGAGGGAACAGAAGCACUGGGAAAUAUGUUCUUUCAAUGAGGUAGAUGCUAACCGCUUUGCUAAUGAGUACCCUGAGGACUUUGUCUGCUACAACAAGAGGUUUCUGUCACGGGUGUACCCGACACCCAUGCGCAUCGAUGCCAGCAAUAUGAAUCCGCAAGACUUUUGGAAAUGUGGUUGUCAGAUUGUGGCCAUGAAUUACCAGACACCAGGGUUGAUGAUGGACCUCAAUCUGGGCUGGUUCAGGCAAAAUGGCAACUGCGGUUACGUGCUUCGCCCUUCCAUAAUGCGCGAUGAGGUCUCAUACUUCAGUGCCAACGCUCGUGACUCAUUACCUGGUGUGUCUGCUCAACUUCUCCACAUCAAAGUGAUCAGUGGUCAAAACCUGCCAAAACCUCGGGGAUCUGCUGCAAAAGGGGAUGUAGUUGAGCCUUAUAUUUAUGUGGAGAUCCACGGCAUCCCUGCGGACUGUGCUGAGCAGCGCACCAAGACCGUAUCGCAAAACGGUGACAAUCCUAUCUUUGAUGAGAGCUUCGAGUUUCAGAUCAAUCUCCCAGAACUGGCGGUCUUGCGUUUCGUGGUCCUGGACGAUGACUACAUCGGAGAUGAAUUCAUUGGCCAGUAUACCAUCCCCUUUGAGUGCCUGCAACCUGGAUACCGACAUGUCCCAUUGCAAUCACUUACAGGGGAGUUCUUGCCUAACACCACGCUGUUUGUUCACGUGGCCAUCACGAAUAGGCGAGGUGGUGGCAAGGCUCACAAGAGGGGUCUUUCUGUGAGGAAAGGCCGCAAGGCUAGGGAGUACACUUCAACCAAGACCACUGGGAUCAAAGUGGUGGAUGAACUCUUCAGGGCUUCCACUCAGCCACUAAGAGAGGCGACUGAUUUGCGGGAAAAUGUGCAGAACGCCAUGGUGUCGUUUAAAGAGCUGUGUGGCCUGACCCCGGCGGCUAACAUGAAGCAAUGUAUCCUGACCGUGUCCUCGUGGCUUCUGAACAGCGAGCGCUGCCUGCGGGUCACUGUGGACCUGAGCGAGGCCUAUCCCACCAUGGAGGCGCAGGGACCUGUUCCAGAGCUGCUGCGCAAAGUCCUCACCGCCUACGACACGAUGAUCCAGACCAGUCGCACUUUGAUUGAGUCGGCAGACAGCGUCUACUGUAAACUCACACAAGCACAGCGAGCAGGGUUGGACUUCCAUGAGGACCUGCACCGCAUCGGAGCUAAAGAGGGGCUGAAGGGCCGAAAGCUACAGAAAGCCAUGGAGAGUUACGCCUGGAACAUCACUGUUCUUAAGGGUCAGGCAGACCUGUUGAAGCACGCUAAAGGCGAGGCGAUGGACACUCUGAGGCAGAUCCAGUGUGCGGCUCACUCCUGCGGCCUGGCCAAGAACGGAGCGUCCACCUCCCCCGCCUCGCCCCUGCUGCCCCCUCACUCACGAGCCCACGGCCCCCUUCUCACCAUCCCAGAGACAGAGCCACCUGACACGGAGCCCAGUACACCUCAGUGACACACAGAGACAGAGAGAGAAAUAAAGAGACAGACAAAGAGAGAGAAAUAGAGAGAGAGCAGGAAUAAGAAUUGGCAAAAUAAGAAAAGACUGACCAAGCAGAGGCAGAGAGUGAUUUUAACCAUUAGAAGCUGAGACUCACUAUUCAGAUCACUAUAAUACAGUUUAUAUUUAAUGUGGUCCAAUUUUGAGACUGUUACAGCUGUUACAGCUGUCAAUAACAGUGAGUUUUAUGGGUUAAAAUACUCCUGGCCUGCACAGCUCUAAUCUAUGACCUAAAAAUACUUAAAAGAAGGCUGCAAUAGGGUAAUACACAUACAAAACUAAUUAUUGGGAUUAAUCUGCCCAAAUCAGCAUACCUUCAAAUGAUUUAAUGGAUGCAUAAGUAAAUUAUAACAUGCAGGUCAGGCCUACUUCUCUUAUUUUAAAACCAAUGUUGCCCCUAAAUCCUCUCUUAAACAAUUUUAAAUGACAAACAGUGGUAUAUUUUGAGCUAAAUUAAGAUAUUUUGGUAAUGUAAAGCCACACUACUGUAAAUAAAUCAUCAUAUAAAAGUUAAUUUAGUCCUUUUAUUUAGUGUAUUUUUCAAAAAUGUUUGAUGUCACGUUUCUAGUACUUAAUUCUAGAAACCUUUUGUAGAUGCAUUCUUGCUGUCUGUUCUCAGAUGACUGCAAGUUUGUUCUUGCACACUGAAACACAUAAAAGGAAUGCAAGUCCAUUUCUCCUGUGUUUGGUCUUUGGUCUUAAAUCCUGCUUUCAUGUUUUAUCCAAGUCCUAACAGCAGUACAAUCGUAUAACUUAAACUAUGCUAUAACAUACAGUAAACUUAUUGCUAUUCAUUAUAGACUAAUGCAGGGUUUUAGUUGGCUGCCAAUGUCUAUGCUACCCUCUGGCCAUGAAUACUGAGCCUGUGAAGUAACCUAUAACGAAUAGCAUUGAGUUUAACCUGUUUAAAAGCUUAACACAAAUAUUGUACACAACCUUAAAGGCAAUAACAACACAUUUCCAAAAAAAAAAAAAAAAAUUUCCAUGGUACAAAAAUUAUUUACAAUUGUAGGUGCUAGGUAUAUAAAACAUUUCAACCUUUAAAGGUUUUAUUAGGGCCUUUCUUUAAACAUAAUCUUUUCUAAAGAAAAAUGAUGUGAUGUACAUAAUCAGCCAAAAAUAAAGCUGUGUAGGCCAGGACUCCCUCUGAAAUCUACAGUAUAGUGAAGGCAGAAAUAUGUCAAUGGUAAAUAAUGCAGUUAUGCAUAGAAGAUAGAACUGAUAAAGCGAGCAAGACAAGUAAUAAAGAAAAUAGGUGAUUAAUAAAGACAUCAAGAUGUACCUCUUUAGACACAAACACACACACGCACAUACACACAGGCGUAUAUAUAAAUAUAUGUACAGUGAUGCUUGAAAGUUUGUGAACCCUUUAGAAUUUUCUAUCAAUUGUCUUUAUUAGACCUUUACACAGGUCCUAAAUGUAAAACUGAAAGCAGAAGCAUUUCUGAGUGGAGAAGAGAUAAAAUAUUGUGUUUAAUGGAACCAGUGUGCUGAAAUGACAAUUCCAGCUAAGCCUAAUGUAUUCAUUCUGGGUGUCUGGGUGUCUCAAUAACUGGGGUGUCGGGUUACUUUUUGCAGGAGUUCUUCUGGCCACAUUAAGCGUCUUUACGUACUUAGGUCACAUGUACAGCCUCUAAAAGAGGAUCCGGCUCAGUUUUACUGAACACGAGCGGCUGGUGGAGCAAUGGAGACUUCAAAAGGGGAAACUCAGAGCUCAGUAAGAGCUCAGUAGUUUAUUCAUUUACAGUAAAGAAAACUGACACUCGUAUAUAAGAACUCUCCCACAUUUUCUGAAGAGCAUUUCCCUCAGCUCGCUCUCUCUGACUGAACAUAACCAGGAAUUGGACAAACAGAUAAAUAAAUUUAAGGAAAAGUGUACAGAUUGUGUACAAAUGGACGAAAAUUUAAGAUACUCCCCAGGAGUAAUGAACUCCAAGAGCAGGGCAUGUAAUUGUCGGUGAGGUAACAAAGGACCCCAGGAUAACUUCUAAGAAACUGAAGUCCACUAUUAGGGGAACACUGAACAACACAGGUGUGCAUGGCAGGGUUGCAUAGAGAAAACCCCUGCUCUCCAAAAAAGAACAAUAUUGAUCAUCAGCAGUUUGCUAAAGAUCACAUGGCCAAGCCAGAAAGCUACUGAAAGAAUGUAUUGAGGACAGAUGUGACCAAAAUAGAACUUUUUGGUUUAAAUGAAAAGCAUUAUGUUUGGAGAAAGGAAAACAUUGCAUUCCAGCAUAUGAACCGUAUACCAUCUCUGAAACAUGGUGGUGGUAGUAUCAUGGUUUGGUCCUGUUUGGCUGCACCUUGGCUGCACCUGGGCCAUGACGGCUUGCCUACGUUGAUGGAACAAUUAAUUCUAAAAUAUAUCAAAGAAUUCCGAAGGUAAAUGUUAGGUUCUUGUUACCUACUUUUAGGACUUGUUUUAGGAGAUGUUUGAUGUCUUAUUUAUGGAGAAAUAUAGAAGGUUCUAAAUGGUUCACAAACUGACAAACACUACUGUAUACACACACAAACACACGAACGGACACAUUCACACAGAGUCAUCAGUGCCACUGAACAAAGGACUUUUGUGUGUUCCUUUGGCUCCCCCUGCUGGUCUGGAUGAUGUUUGGGGGCCUGUGCAUAUACGUCAGGUUGUUAAAAUUCCUGUUUUUUUCUGUUUUAUUUUACAUUUGCACUUUCAAACUUUUAUCCAGGGGUACAGUCAGUGAAAGUGAGUGCGUGUGAGUGUCGUCUGUCUUGAAACUUUUGAAGAAGAAAAAAAAAAAAACAAGAUCACCAUAGCGUUUAAACUGGAACUCUUCUGACGUCUUUGUUCUAUUUUUGCGAUGGACUCAACAAGAAGAACUCUGGGAAACCUUUGCUGUCCGUCAAACUCCAAGCGGCACUGAGAAUAAGAAUAAGCAAAUAAACGAGAAUCUGUCAUUUUAGAACUAAUUCAAGGACACUUUACAGUCUAGCUCAGACCACUUUACGUCUGAGAGCGUACACUGUCUGUGAAUGAAGUGACUUGUAAUUACUACUGUUACUAUUGUGGGUAGGUAUAUAUGAAUUAAUAUUGCAGUUAUUUUAUAAUCAUGAGCUGUGCAGACACAGUGAUAUCAUGCUGUACGUGUGGUGCGAUGGUUGAGAACUCACUGGAAAGGGGAAAGAGGAGAUCUGAGGUGAGGAGAUGAAUUCGGGGAAGAGGGCGGGGGGAUAUGAAAUGGGAAAGAGCAGUAGGUUAGGUGUUGACAUCUUCAGAAUAACACCUCAUUUGAUUCCCCUCAUUUAUAAAGCCCAUAAUAUAUAUUAUAAAAGUGGAAUGGCACUAGAAA